GUUCAACGUGUAGCUCAGCUAUUUUGCGUAGCCUGCUUGGUUGAGCAUAGACAAUUUUGUUUACUACCGCAAUCAUAGACCUCUGCCACAAAGAGUCCUCGUCAUCAAGUAAAACGCAAAAUGUCACCAGACGUCAGUACCCUGGGCGGGAAUCAGACUCACUCGGCGACUUAUGAGGUACCAAACGUCGUGCUGGGCAACCCGCAGAACCGGAAAGUCCGGGUUCUUAGUAUCGGUGCGGGGGUCAGUGGCAUUCUCAUGGCCUAUCGAAUUCAGAAAGACUGUCAAAAUGUUGAACAUGUCAUCUAUGACAUGAACGAAGACCUGGGAGGGACUUGGCUCGUGAACAGGUACCCAGGCUGUGCUUGUGAUGUCCCUUCGCAUGCUUAUACCUACAAUUUCGCCCUGCACCCCGAUUGGCCACGUUUCUUCUCUCAUGCACCAGACAUCUGGACCUACCUUGACAAAGUGUGUGAAGUAUGGGGCCUGCGGAAACAUAUGAUAUUCAACACCGAAGUCAUUGGUUGUUACUGGCAGGAGAAAGCCGGAGAGUGGCUGGUCAAGUUGCGACAGAAGACGGCAAGCGGAGAGUGUCGAGAAUUCGAGGAUCGCUGUGACAUUCUUCUCCAUGGCACCGGUAUUCUCAACAACUUCAAGUGGCCUGAAAUCAAAGGUAUAGAAAAGUUCAAGGGCAAACUCAUGCACACGGCGCGGUGGCCGAAAGAGUAUCAGCAGGAUGACUGGACAAAGGAUCGCGUGGCCGUCAUUGGUAGCGGUGCAUCGAGUAUACAGACUGUUCCGGCUAUGCAACCAUUCGUCAGGCAUAUGGACAUUUUCAUUCGCACCGGCGUGUGGUUCGUUUCCAUUGCCGGUAACACACAGCAGAACAAGGAAUAUUCCCAGGAAGAAAAGAACAAGUUCCGAAACGAGCCGUCCGAGAUGGUCAAGCACGUCAAAUUCAUCGAGGAUCAAGUCAACGGACUCUGGGAUUUCGUUUUCAAAGGCACAGAAGCUUCGGCUAAAUUGGCGAAAAUUUUUGGUGACAGGAUGAAGUCGAUCAUCAAGGAUGAGAGGCUAUUAAAGGGCUUCACGCCAAAAUGGUCUGUUGGAUGUCGCCGGGUCACUCCCGGUGAUCCAUACAUGAACGCUAUCCAGAAACCGAACGUCAACGUACACUUCACACCGGUCGUCGAGAUUACCGAGGACGGUGUCAUUGGAGGCGAUGGAAUCGAGCGGAAGUGCGACACCAUUGUCUGUGCUACCGGCUUCGACGUGUCUUAUCGUCCAGUCUUUCCCUUAGUCGGAAAAAGUGGCAUCGAUCUAGCUGAGAAGUGGCAAGAUCAUCCAGAAAGCUACCUUGGACUGUCAAUCCCGGAUUUUCCCAACCUUUUUACAUUUAUCGGGCCUACCUGGCCAGUUGCGAAUGGUUCCGUCAUGGGUCCUCUCUGCCUCGUCGGCGAAUAUGUGACAAAGGCCAUCAACAAGCUUCAAACCGAGAACCUGCACUCAUUUGCCCCGAAGCAGUCUGUUACCGAUGCUUAUAACGAACACGUCCAGAAGUGGAUGCAGAAGACGGUGUGGACCGAAGAGUGUCGCUCAUGGUACAAGGACCCAAAGACGGGCCGGAUCAAUGCUCUCUGGCCUGGUGCGUCCCUGCAUUACAUGGCAACAGUCCAGAACCCGAGAUGGGAGGACUACGAGAUUAUACACAAGGAUUCUAUCGAGGGUGUUGGCGCUGGGAAUAUGUGGGCGUGGCUGGGGAUGGGGACCACAAUGGGAAUGAUCUCGGGCGACGACGUGAGCCCGUACUUCAAAGUCGAGAACAUCGAUCCGGAUUGGUUGGCUGCCUCGGGGUUCCAGGGCGACUUGGAAGCUGAAAAGGAGAGAGAUAGAGAGAAUCUAACGAAUUUGCUAGAGGACCGGAGGAAUGGGGUGACAACAAGUCAGCCAGAGCAGGUCGAGGUGGGCAAAAAACAGAGUCUCCCGGCUGGCGGGGGAACUGUAUGA